CCUAUAUAAAAUACUGUUUUUCUGUUUAGUUCCUGCCACAUACGGCGGUUGUGAGACGUAAAUGAGAGUACAAGUGAAGUGUAUGCUCUUCUCUAGGGUGGCCGCUGAAUUGGUCUGGAGCCUCAAGUGCCCGGUACUCAGGGCAGGACCCUCUUGGACAGGCUGUCUCAGGGUGUAGCUGUCCCCACCCAGUUGUGUUUCCUGGUGUGCGAGCUGAGCAGGGGGGCUGAAGGCUUCAGGAAACCCUGGCCUAGGGACAUGAAAAUGGCCCUGGGAGAAGAAAAAGCAGAGGUGGAGGCAUCCAUGGACACAAAGGCCCCGUCCUGUGGGAGGUGGAGCUGCAGGGAACAGGAGGUGGACACCCCAGGGCCUGUGAGUGGGGAGCAGCUGCUGCGCCUGGAAGCUGAGGGAGGGCCUGCCUCCCCUGUGUGGGGCGCAGAGGGGCCACCUGCCCCUGCCUGCUGCCCCUCUGGAGCCUGCCAGCCACAGGCCAGCAACUCCAGCGGGGACUCGAUAGCUGUUGCAUCUCAGCAAGCUCUCGGUCGCUUGCUUCCUCCUCCUGGUGUGCGGACUGGAGAUCAUCUACACUCUGUGGGAAGCCAGAUGGAGACCAGGCUUUCUGCCUCAGAGGAGCUACCUCGGACUCGGACUGUUCCCAGAGCCACAGCUCUUUGCUCAGGACAUGAUGCUGACACUGAAGAUGACCCAUCCCCAGUGGAGUCGCCACGGGUGCUGGACCUCAGCCAACAGCCCCACAUCUCAGCUUUCCCUUUCUCGUCAAAGUGGAGCUCUACGAUGAGCCCAGGUGCCACUGCUGCUCAGUUUGCCAGCUGCAGUGUCUCUGCCUCAUCCCCAGGCAGCAGUCUCCAGGGUCACCAACAGCAGGCGGAGCCUCAGAGUCCCUCCCUUGCCAACGUCUCCUCCUCCCUGGAGCUGGCCGUCCCCAAGUCAGCCCCGUCUGUGGUGGGGCCAGGGCCUCGGCUCCAGUGGUCUCCACAACCUGUGUCCUCCGGGCGUGAUGCUCCUGGGCUGGGCAGGAGGCGUCUCUCCUUCCAGGCCGAGUACUGGGCCUGCGUGCUGCCAGAUUCCCUGCCCCCUUCCCCCGAUCGCCACUCCCCUCUCUGGAACCCAAAUAAAGAGUACGAAGACCUGCUGGACUACACGUACCCACUUAGGCCCAGGCCUCUGCUCCCAAAGCCCCUUGACAGCCAAGUGUUGGCUGACCCUGUUCUGCAGGACUCGGGUGUAGAUCUGGAUAGCUUUUCUGUCUCUCCAGCAAGCACCCUGAAGUCACCCACUAAUGUGUCCCACAGUUGCCCACCAACGGAGGCCACUGCCCUGCCGUUCUCUGGGCCCAGAGAGCCAAGCCUUAAGCAGUGGCACUCUGGAGUACCCCGUAAGCAGGGUAGUGUGGGGUUGGCAUCUUGUAGCCAGCUCACGUCUACCCCCAGGGCCCCAGGCAGUAAGGACACUCCUUGGGACAGCAGAGAGCCAGCCCUGACGGGCGUGAAGGACUGGCGACCUGUGGGCAAACACUUCAAGGUGGGCUCUCCCCAAUUGAGGACAUGGGACAGAGGGCGGCCCUCACCCAGGCCAGAAGGAGAGAAGGGGGCCAGCCAGAGUAUCCAGCGCCCUCCUUGCAUAGAGCCUGGCUGGAAACCAGAAGAGGAGCUGGAAAGUGACGACGAGUAUCUUGCCUUGCCUACUCGGCUGACACAGGUUUCUAGCUUGGUUUCGUAUCUAGGUUCCAUGCCCACCUUGAUGACCCUCCCCACUGGGGCUGCUGAAGGACAGAGCUCCCUGAAUGUGUCAGACAGUGACGGGCCUGCUUCCCUCCCAUCGGACUCCAGCCAAAGCCAGUUUCCUUCUGGGGCUGCCCUCAGAGGAUCCGGCAGCCCAGAGAGCCAGAACCACUGUUUGCUGCGCUCCUUCUUGCAUGCAAGGGACUCUGCAGGGCACGGCAGUCUGGUGAGCAGCCAGGCACUGGGGGUCUCCUCUGGACCGCUGAGAACAUGCUCUUCCUUGCCAGCUGUGUUGGACCGGCGGGCAUUCUUGGACCCAGAUGCUAAAGGGCAGCCUCCCAGGAGAGGAGAGCUGGAAGAAGAAUCACUUGUGCAGUGCGUGAAGACAUUUUGCUGUCAGCUGGAAGAGCUGAUCCGUUGGCUGUAUAACGUAGCAGAUGUUACCGACCAUUUGAUUCCACCAAAGUCCAGUCUUACAGGUCUCAAGUCUUCUCUGCAGCUUUAUCGGCAAUUCAAGAAAGACAUAGAUGAACACCAGUCCCUGACGGAGAGUGUCUUACAGAAAGGGGAGAUUCUUCUUCAGUGCCUGUUGGAUAACACCCCAGUGUUAAAGGAUGUCCUCGGGAGGAUCUCCAAGCAGCCCAGCAAGCUGGAGAGCCACGCAGAUCACCUGUAUGACACCAUCUUGGCCUCUCUGGACAUGCUGGCUGGCUGCACCCUCAUCCCUGACAGCACACCAGUGGCGCACAGGAGUGCUGAUGGGACUGGGAUUAGUCUGGCAUCUUCUCAGGCAGAGAUGUAAUCUGUCAGCCGAAACGUGGCUGGUGGGAAACUUUCAGGAAGUCCUUGUAAGAGCCAUUUAACAUUGAUAUCAAGGGGAAAAACUUAGCUAAUGUACUAGCUUUAAAAUGCCUUUCUCUUCCCUGAAGUAAGGGCUGUUGAAUUACUAUUUUUAUUUAAAAUGAAUCCUUCCAAAACUAAGGAUUCCCUUUUGGUGCUUCUCUACAAAGAGCAUGUGGCUUUGCAGUUUUUCAUAAAAUAAUGCUAAUAAGGCUUAUAGGUCUUUCCUCCCCACUCCUUUCAGUUACAAAGAGCAGACAGAGCUCCUAAACUAGUCCACCUGCUGAGAUCAUUUAAAGAAGGCUGGUAUGAGGAAGAAGAUACCAAAUUGGUACUCAGGCACACAUGAGGACCCAAGAGGCUGAAAAAAGUGAAUGGUUGGCCAGGAAGAACUUGGGUCUUUUAGUAAAUGAAGCUUAGGGCUCAGGGCUCCAUCUGCCUUACCUAAUAUCUUAAAGGAAAAUGUGUCAGGGACUUGAGGAACUGCCAUUGACUAAUUAUCCCCCUUAAGGGCACCUCUAGGAUAGGGUACCUCUAGGAUGACGUACCCCUCCAUUCCUACUCUGCUGUGGGGGAGUGGUCCAUGAUCGGGGAAGGAUAACUAUAGAAACUAAGGCUGUCAGUAGUGAAGGGGAAAAAGGGAAUUCUUUGUUGCUUAGGAGUUGACGUGUAAGUACCUUGACAGAAAUAAAUUUACAGAUGAACCCUUUAAAGCAUCAGUUCUGUAGCUUUUUAAAGCAAAAUGAUCAGCUAUUGCUGGUAACCACAGAUUCUGCGUAAACAAAAAAGCACUUUAAAAAAGUCCAACUGGGCCAUUACUGAACAUGAAAGCACAUUUCUCCCCAUGAUUUUAGUAUUACAGUGGGCUAAGACUUAAUUAAGGAUAGGGUUCUUCACACUUCAGUCUAUGUGGUAUGUGAGAUAAGCACUUCAAGAUCUAUUUUCAUACUCCAUCCAGAUUCUCACUUGAGGAGGGUGCUUAAAGAAAAAGAUCUUUUAAGUUUAUAUAUAUAUAUAAAAAAAAUGAACAAGUCAUCUUGAACGCAAAGGUGAUGUUGGAAGUUAUUCUAUAAGCAGACUUAUGAUAUCCCCUCAGAAUAAAGCAUUUAAUACAAAAUUACUUUCUUUAAAAGAAGGUUAGGACUUUAGGUUUGGGGGCUGAGCCACAAAAUCUUAACACCAUCUUAUCUACCUCCUCAAGUCCUAUUAUUAAAUAAAACUUUUCUGCUUUAAAACUUCUCAGACUUUAUAGUCACUGGAAAAUAAGCUGUUAAAUUCUCACAUUUAAAGAUUAUAAAAUUCAGUAUUACAAGUGCCUAUGGUAUGAUUUACCACCAUGUUUAAGGGCAUGAUGAGAGUUAAACCGUGCACUGUAAUUCUGCCUAUAUUAUGAUUCUCCAUAUUAAUCUUGGUUCCAUAUAUAGAUUUUAAAAGAGAAAACAGAACACCUCCUUAGCAAAUAAUUAUAUAUUUGAAACCAUCUUAAAAGCCUAGAAUUGGUUUAAAAGACAGAUGUGUCUAAGGGCCUCUUUUUAAAUUGAUAUAUUCCCCCUUCUCUUGGAUGUGGCUAUAAAUUGGUACAUGCCUUUGCACUGAGUAUGUUAACAGGAUAACCCUCAGGAGUUAAACCCAUUUAUUUACUGGUAUUUGAUAGGCAUGAAAAUAAGUCUGUAUUCGUUAGCAAAAAACAUUAACCCUAUAGAAACAAACUGGCCAAUGUUAUAGUAAUUGAAUGCUGAAUAUGCCAUUCUAUUCCCAAUAAACCUAAUAAUUAUAAUUUACACAGAGUGUUUCAAAGUACCCUUUUUCCCAAGCAAGUACUACUUCACUUAGACAUGAUCUAAGAUAUUUUUGUUUUUAUCUCCUCUGAAAUAAGGUGUGACUGAAGGGUGCUUACUCUGGACCUAGCUGUGAAUACCACUGAAGAAUAUCAACACAACUGCUAAUUUUAUCUUCAGCAGUGCUAUAAAAAGUUGAAGACCUCCCUUAAAACUGAACGUGAAAUUGUUUCAGCCUAGGAGGAUGCUGCCAGCAGCAUUUCCAUAAGCAAACAUGACCAGGUUAGAUUCAAGAAGCCUGGCUGGCCAGUGUGCAGUGGUACACAUUAGCCUUAAGGAUAGCGGUGGCCUGUAGUGACAUAAGUGUGGUGAUAGAAUCCCAAGUUUACCUGUAGUAAGUUUUCCUAGUUGUCCCCUUUAUAUUAGUAGAAUUGAAGUCCACAGAGAAGUGGCAAUACUAAGAGUUGUACUGGUAGUUUCAAGACCUGGGUUCUUGCUGCACUCCAUGGCUAAACUCAUUGGCAAAUGGAGACAAUGUCAAUAGAAGGCUGUUUUGAAGCUUAAAUGGGAAGAUAAAGAAGGGUUGGUGUAAAAUAUGCUGCAAUGACAACAUGUAUGUAUGCUGAAGGAAAUGUCAGUCCAAGGUCAAAGAAGAGGAGGUUAUUGCACAGACCAGAAUGGCUAUCAUUCUGCAAGAAUUUCCCAGAGACGACACUGCUUAGGUUUAGAACAGCCUUAACUUACGUAAGCUAAUUUAUGGCAGUCACUUAACAGUGAAAAGAUUAUUAAAGUCCAUAGUAUUUGAAAUGUGUGUACUUGAAAAUGGGGGUAGGAAGGGGAAUAUAUUUUUUCAAAACUGCAUUUAUUGGCAUAUUCAUAAAAGCAAAUGGUGGAGCAUGCUGAAACAUCUUGUGGUAAGCCCCAGUCUUGACUGCAGUAGGAAAGAACACUAGAAUUUUCAAAACUAAGUAUGUAAAUACACUUACAUCUUAAAUUCAUGUAAUGUUGUUUGCUACCUGACCAAGAAUAAGCUGACAGUUUGAACUUGCUGUAUAAAACUGAAGUGCAUGGCAUCACAUUGGCUAACAUUUGCUAUCGUUUAAUCUACUUUAUACUAUACUGUAUUGUAAGGCAAAAAACAAACCCUUGAAGCAUUUUUUAAAAUCUUCACCCAUAUAACUAUGUGGUAAACUUGAGGAAUUUUUUAGUUGCCUUAUGUGAGGAUGAAUAGAUCCAACAAGCACAUCUAUAACACAAAGUAAACUAUGAUUUUAUUGUGAAAUUCUCAUAUGGAAAAUUAAAUUGAAUAUUUCUGUCCAUUGCAUUUUACAAUAAUCUUACCACUUAUUUUUGUACCAUGUAUUUCAAUUGCCUGUUCAGUGAAAAUAAAGAAACCUAUAAUUUUUGGCUUGCUUUUAAUUUAAAUUUUAUCAUUGAAUUCAAGAACCCACCAUAAAAAUGUGCUGUCAACAGCCACAUCCCAAGCCCCUAAGUAAAGAAUGUUUUGGCAAGUACUUCAACCCCAAGGGAACAGUCUUUGAUUUUUAUCACCUUAAAAUGCCAGUGUUAGCAAAAGAUUUUUGUUUCCCACAAUAAAAGCAAACCCUAGGAUCUUUAAGGUCCUAUUUAACAAAAUUUUCACAUGUGCAAAAUUCCACUGAAAUAAAUAUAUUUCAUUUAUCAUUCCCACCCAGCAUUCAUGUUUUCAGUUAAUUUUUAGGGAUAUAAUUUCUAAAAUUAGGGCAAUCAAACAGUGAAUUUUUCCUGCUUUCUACUUUAAUGCUUUAUCUCCUCCAGCCUGUUAUACAAUUGUGAAGGAUAAAAUAGUUGCCACCUGACUCAGCAUGGAAGAAA